UAUACUCCGAUGGAAGCGAUAACAAAAAUCCCCGAAAUGCAUCAAAUCCCAAGUUAUCUCGUCCAAAUCCACGCAGCCCGAAUCACCAGCUGAUAGCUGAUAAAACCCCGGCUCUAAUUGGAUCCAGAACAAAUAAUAAGCGAAGCUCUUUAUCGUCGUACCCGUUAAACGGCACGAAUUUUAACAAGUUGCAUAUCAAUCGAAAAAGCGGAAAUUCUUAUCGCAUAAUACCACCAUGGCGAAAUUCAAACGUAAUACCAUGACCGCAUACAGAACGAUUCCGCAGUUGGAACGGUGCGAUCGAAGCAUGUUCGGAGACCUGGUUCUCACCUGCCAGACGCCCGUACAUGGGGUUCUGCCCAAGCAGGUCAUCCAACCCAUUCCCUACACCAUGGCAGUGAGGAGGGCCUCUGUGGAUUCUGUCUCUGCGACGAAGACGUCCAUCAUGGAGACGGAGAAGAGGAGAGCCUCGGCACUAGUGGACGAACUUCUCAUAGACAUUUAUUAUAGUGUGCACAAUGGCAGUUCGGAUUACAAUUCCACAUCUGGAAAGUCCCAUAGGAGUUCUUGGGCGGAAUUCGUCAAUUUGCAAGAUAAAGACAUAGAAGAAAUGGUUUCCAUUCUGUCAUGUCUACGCAACUACAUAGAACGUAUGGGCAGCGUACUGGUGCGCCAGCUGAAGCGUCGCGACGCUCUGCGUCGUCAGCAGGAGGCCUACUGUGACGUCAUCACGAAGCGAUUAGCAAAGCGUGUGCCUCAAUUCGACCCUGCAGAAGAUAUGAGGUUCACCAUCCAGCCUUUGCCUGGUGAUACAGGAUUCGCACAAUGGGCAGCCGCAAUGAAGAUGGUCGCUCAACUACCAGGCGGUAUUCCUACGGAAUUCAGAAGGAGAUUGUGGUUGACUCUCGCAGAAAGACAUUUGGUUUCCAAUGGCGUCGACUGGCCGGAAGUUGAACGAACUUGUUUCAGCGAGUGGUCGCAUCCUGCAGAUGCCGAGUUGGGAGUUCAGAUCGUCAAGGAUCUGCACAGGACCGGCUGCAGCUUAUUUUGCGGGGAAGACGGUCAAGAAAAUCAAGCAUUGCUGAAAAGAGUUCUAUUGGCAUAUGCGAGAUGGAACAAGGCUGUAGGUUACUGCCAAGGCUUCAACAUGCUGGCCGCCCUCAUCCUGCAGGUGACCGAGAAGAGCGAGGGCGACGCCCUCAAGCUGAUGGUAUACCUCAUAGAGGGCGUGCUGCCCGACUCGUACUUCGCCGACAGCCUGCGCGGCCUGUCCGUCGACAUGGCCGUGUUCAGGGAGCUGCUGAGAAGUCGGCUGCCGCAGCUGUCGAAGCACCUGGACCUGCUGCAGAACAAGGCCAAGGACGGCAGCAGGAGCUACGAGCCGCCGCUGACCAACGUGUUCACGAUGCAGUGGUUUCUGACUCUCUUCUGCAACUGUCUACCCCAUCCGACUGUACUGCGAGUGUGGGACCUGAUACUGCUAGAAGGUAACGAAAUCCUGCUCCGGACAGCUCUCGCUAUCUGGCAAGUACUUGCCGACAGAAUCCUCAGUGUACGAAGUGCUGACGAAUUCUACUGCGUCAUGGGUGUGCUCAUGAGAGAAUUACUUGAAUUCGACCUGAUCGAUGGAAAUUCCCUCAUCAAAGCCAUGGUGGCAAUUGGUCCUCUCACAGAACUGAAAACUCUCAGGGAACAUUAUUUGUACAACAUCAACCCCUGGGGCCCAAGCUUGCCACAGGUCGUAGACAAGCAGCUCAAGCUAUACUCAAAACAAAGCAUCGCCUUGGAUAUAAGCGCUCUGAAAAAGCAAUACGGCAAGCUCAAGCAAAGACAGCGGCAAGCGCAUAUCAUCUUCAGCGCUGCUAUCUCAAGGCAACCUGCCCCUGCGCCACCAGUCACCAUGAACCAUUUGUUGAUUGGAAAAAGCGCCCUAGUACCAGCUAAGAGGCUAGGGCCACCAAAAGGUUCUAUUCCCCCUGCCAGACAAGCCCCGAGCACCCUACACUGGAAGGACACGCCAAAACAGACCUCCAGCUCCAGCUCAAGUGAUACCGAAUUGUGUGACGAAGAGUCAGCAAGUUCUGAUGAAGAAGACAUAGAAACAAAUAAAUUCGACAAUCUACCAUUAGAAAGUGAUACAGAUCUUAUGAGAAACGACAAUACAUGUGCCAGUAUAGAAGUAAAAGACAACCCAACUAGUCCUAGCCAAAACCAACCGACUGAAAUCCCCAUAAUUAGUGAGAGUUCCAUGAUCUCGAAAUCUGAGUCAGACGAUGAAAAUUUUGAAUUCGAGCAGUUUUUGGCUGACCGUGUUAAAUGCCUUAAGGUGACUGAAGACGAACAAGAGGAGAGAAUCAACUAUGCGAGGAGGAACAGCUUGAGAGCCCUGCAAAUUAUUCAGGAGAACUCGAUGAUUCUACACCGAAUUUUACAAUGCCAGUCACGUUUAUCGCCAUCACCACCCCCUAUUCAUAAUAGGGAUGCAAUGGGGGCGGAUAACGUUUCCGAUGUCUCAGGAUGUUUCAGUUCGCUUUCAGUUAGCGACGAAACUGGAAUUGACAUGGCUUUUGAUGGCCAAGAAUUGCAUAGAAAGAUCGAUACAGAGGACAAUGGAGUUGAUUCAAAGGAUUUAAAGUCGCCUGAAUAUGGCUCGAGAUAUAGCAGUAUAUUAGAGAAGAGUAAGAGUUUAGAUGAGAAAUAUAAUGCACUGAUAUUGAAGAAGCCGUCAGUAUCUAAAACUACUGAGGAAUUGAGUUCUAAUAUAGACAAAGUUAUUUCAUAUUCGAAUCAAGGAAAGCUUGAAUCUUCUAGCUCAACAGAAACGUUAAGUUCAUUAGCUAGCUAUGACACAACAAGUAAUUUAGUCAUUAAAACAGAUGGUAACUUACCAAUUCUCGUGGAAGAAGUGAGUCUGCCAGACUCAAGAUGUACGUUCAAGAACGUGGACAGUGAAAAUAUGUUCCCAUACAAUGAAUAUGGUGAAGAAGCUAUGCUGUCAGAUUAUAGUCAGCUAGGAAGUCCACAUAAAUUAGUGGAUACAACCGGGAAAACACAUUCUGAACCAAAUUCGAAUGGAGGAGUUGAUGGAGAACGUCAAGUCACGCUGUCUAAGUCUGAUGAUCACUUGGACAGCGCAAACAAGAAACCAAAUUGUAGUGAAGCAUUCAUGCUGAAGAAUUAUGAUGAUAUUCUUGAAUGUUCAUUCCAUCCAGAUUAUUCCAAGACCCAUGACCUCACAAGACCCAAAGAAGGUAAUGUAGAUGAAGAUAAAGAUGAUUAUUUUCCAUACAACAGUAAUGGUUCGAAUCCUGAAAGUUGGCUGUCGAAUUUGGAGAAUAAUACUGAGAAAUCUUUUCCUUCGACUAGUAGACUAACUGAAGAUUCUGAUUUUGAAGUUUCCACUUCAUUAUCUCAGAUCAACUCGACAGAAUUUGGGUCGAGUUCCUCGAAUACUGCUUCAAAAAUUGAGUCCUUUGCAGAUUUCAGCAAUAUAAAGUUAUCAACACUCACAAAAGAAGAUCGAUCCGAUUUCCUACCAAGAGAUACUGAAAAUUCUAAACAUUUUCCAUUGAUUGAUGACCUUGACUUUUUCAACAACAUAGCUGAUCCGAGUCCACAAAUAUCUCUAAAUGAAUUCGGUAAUGACAUCUCGAAAGAAAAUUCUGAGUUGAACAAAGAUGCAUCAUCUCCAUCAUGGAAAAAUUGUAUGAACACCUCACAAUCCGUUAGCGAUGAAAGGAAUAAUUAUGGAGAUAUUGAAGCAGAAAAGGUUUCAACAAAUUAUUUACAUAACUUUCUACCUGUAUCAGGAAAAAACAUAUGCACCAGCGAAUUGGAAAAUAACGGAAUUCAUGCCGAUCGCUGCAAUAUUGAUGCAAAUGUGCAGGAAAGAAUAACACCUAAGACUAUAUUCUUGUCUCCUGAUCGAUCUCCUGCAAGAUCAACUGAACAUUCAAGACACCCCUCAUUGUCAGAGAAUCCUGCAUCAAUCAAAGCUACUACUGAAACAGAUCCAUAUUAUUUGCCAUCACCAUCUGUGAGAGAAUACCCCUCGAGAAGUACUUCACCAUUCAUAAGUAAUGAUUGGUACAGUACCGAACGAAAUAAUAAGAAUCUUGGACUGGAAGUAGUUGCAGUGGGAGGUAGCUCGAACUUGAGGUCUCCUUCAAGGCCAAAAUCUUUAUCUCCUCUGGCAUCUCCCUCAAUUGCAACCUCAAAAUCACCGAGCAAAUACUUCAAUCCAUUUCCCGUGCCACUAGGUUCUAGACAAACUAAAGAGGUUCCUAUGAAGUUGGGACUGUACAAGAAAUGAUGGAUUGUGGAGUUCAAUCCCGCUCAGCAAUACCAAAAACUCUAUUUCGGCAAUCUAGUUAUUCAAUGCUGAAAUAUGUCCUUUACUAUAUUAGUAAAUCUCAGAUAUUGUAUAUUAUGUAAGGUAAUCAAAGUAUACAUUGAGGUCUAAUCAAACUUUCAUUGUUCAACUCUUUUCUCGAUCAAUUAUUACACUUCUAUAAAUAAUAGAUGAUAAAUUGUUCAGUGUUAGUGAAGAAUUGUUGUUCCUUCAUGUAUUGUUGCACUGUUUAUUUCAGCAAAUCGGUUAAUACUGAAGGUGCCUUCAUCAAAUCCAAAAAUAUAUCUAUUUACUUGAAAUAUAAUCCUGAUGAGUUUUUUCCGACCCGAAAUAUUAGAUAAAUAGAAAAUCAAAAUUAUACAAUAAAAUCAAAUUAUACCGACUAAAAUCCCACAGAUAUCUGAUCAGAAUCCAUUGAAUUUCGUUUCCAUAGAAUGUAAAUAUUUCAUUGUUAAGAUAGUUGAUAAGUGAAUAUCCUCGUUGAUACUAUUUUGCGCUGUGCCAGGUCCGUUCGUUCUAAAAUAUUUGUAGAAAAUAAUAUAUUUCCGUAAAAAUUGUUAUUUGAAAAUAUAUAACGUUACCUCAGAAUUGUCUUUUUCUUCAAAAAUCACUCAGGUGAAGGAAUUUCUGGAAAUAUUCAAAAUAAUGCAUGGAACUGGAUUCAGUUUGCUUUUUUAUCUCGAAUUUUUUUAUUCAUAAGUAUGUACAUUAUUCAUAAAAUUAAUUUGUAAGGCGGAAGCAUAAUAUGAACAUCUCAUUUGAACAUCAGAAUACAUGCAUAUAUUUUGGGAAGGAAUUGGGUAUCAACAGAAUAAAACAAAACUGGAUAGCUGAUGAUGAUGUAUAGUAUGACUAGAUUAUUAUAUCUUGAUCAGUUGAUACCCAUUAUAAAUGACUCAUCCUUGAUAGUAAUAGACCGAGAGGUAAGUGACAAAAAAAUGCAAUUUUGGUAUGAAAGUUGUUAAUAAUAUAAAAAAUCAAGAAAAACAUAGUCAGCCCGAAUUUUUAAUCAACAUACGCCAUCAGCAGUCGAUAGAACAUACGCUCAUCAGUACAGGCUUUUAUUCAAUGAUGAAAUGAAGGUUUCUUAGAAAAACAUAUUGAAAAUGUACUCAAAAAGUAUUGUUUUUAUUAUUCAUUAAAAAAAUGUUCAUUGAUGAAACAAUAUUCCUAAACGCCGAGCUGCGCCUAGGUGGUUCAAGAACGCGUGAUUACCAGCCGGUUUCAGGGCUGUCUCAGAUAGAAUUCUCUACCGCUAUCUGGUGCGAACCUGACCCAACGUAAACGCAUCUCAGCAUUUAUACCCCACGAGGUGUUCAACGUCCGUGAAAUGAAUGCGAACGCCGAACGCCACCUGGCAAGCGGUAAAAUAAAAAUUCGGGAUGGCUAUGGUUUUCUGAUGUUUCUUAUUAUUAACAAAUUGUAUGCCAAACUCAACAAUUUAGAAAACAGUUUCACCAUCAGUCAUACGUUUAUUAUGUACUUCGCCACGGUGAUGACGCGUUUCGUGAAGAUAUUUUGAAUUCUGGCGGUAUCCACAUCAUUUUUUAGUUAAAUCACUAUUCAGAAAUUAAUUUUCAAAUUUUAGCGCAAAUCGCUUACGAACUGGUUGACAGGCGGCAGGCUAUUGCAAUACAUUCUAAAUAACGGGAUAUCGGAAUAUCAGACUUCAGGAAACUGAUGCAAUUUUUUACCACUCAUUUCUCCGUCUAAAAGUAGUACAAAUGACGAAUCACGAAUGAAUUCCCUAUACUUAUAUAAAUCUCAAAUCACUCCCAACCAUUUUUAAUAAAAUUAGUUAUAAUGGGAAAUAGAACCUCAGGAAAUCUGAACUUCACUGACCAAUUAUCAGUUCAUCCAAUAUGGGAGGACAUGUGCAAACCAAAUGUUUAUCACCAUAAAUAUCAUCAAUCCUUGCUACUGUUGGCCAUACCUUAUUCUCAGGCUUGACAAACGGUGCAGGAAACGCAGCCUGCUCUCUUGUAUAAGGCCUCUCCCACGAACUACUUAUCACUUGCUCUUGAGUAUGCGGAGCCAUCUUCAGAGGAUUUAUCCUAACGUCAGACCUGCCUUCUUCAAUGUCCCUUAUCUCCUCUCUGAUUGAAAUCAGUGCUCCACAAAAUCUGUCAAGUUCUUGUUUGUCUUCGGACUCUGUGGGUUCGAUCAUCAAGGUACCAGCUACCGGCCAACUCAUCGUAGGGGCAUGAAAUCCAUAGUCCAUGAGUCUCUUAGCAAUAUCAGCUGCCUCUAGAUUCGCGGUCUUCUUGAACCCCCUAGUGUCUAUGAUAAACUCAUGUGCGACUAGGUUGGAAGUAGAACUCCUGAACAAUGUAUCAUAGUAGGGCUCUAAUACUUUGGACAUAUAAUUAGCAUUCAAUAUAGCCACUUGGGUUGCUUUCCUUAGUCCUCUUGGUCCCAUCAUUUUGAUGUAAGCCCAAGAAAUAGGAAGGAUAGCACUCGAACCAAAAGGUGCUGCACUGACAACCUCAAAAGAAGUAGAAUUUGCACCUAGUGGGUUGACAACUGGAUGUCCAGGUAGAAAUGGAGCUAAAUGAGACUUGACUCCAAUAGGACCCAUACCCGGACCACCACCUCCAUGGGGAAUACAGAAUGUUUUGUGGAGGUUCAAAUGAGAAACAUCACUCCCAUAAUCACCUGGUCUACACAGCCCUACUUGAGCAUUCAUGUUAGCACCAUCUAGAUACACCUGGCCACCGUUCUCAUGAAUUAUAUCGCAAAUAUCACCAAUGGUUUCUUCAAAUACUCCAUUAGUUGAAGGAUAAGUGAUCAUUAAACAUGAAAGCUUGUCUCUGAACUUUUCUGCUUUGGUUUUAAGAUCAUCAACGUCUAUGGUGCCAUCUUGUCUAACUUUUACCGGUUCUACUUGCAUUCCAGCCAUCUGGGCACUAGCUGGGUUCGUACCAUGGGCACUCACUGGUAUAAGACAGACUUCCCUGUGCUUUUCGCCUUUGGCUUCGUGGUAACAUUGUAUGGCUCUCAGGCCUGCGAAUUCUCCUUGAGCUCCACUAUUAGGUUGGAAGCUUAUAUUAUCGUAACCUGUGAUGGUGCAUAAGUCUUUUUCUAGUUCAGCAAAUAGUUGGUGGUAGCCCUGUACUUGUUCAACGGGAGCAAAUGGAUGGAUAUCGGUGAAAUGUUUGAAAGAACAAGGCAUCAUCUCAGUAGUUGAAUUUAAUUUCAUGGUACAGGAACCAAGAGGUAUCAUACUAUGGACCAAGGAGACAUCUUUGUUCUCAAGCCAUUUCAUGUACCUCACUAUCCUAGUUUCGGAAUGAUGGGAAUUGAAUACCGGGUGAGUUAAAAAUGGGGAUGUUCUUUUGAAUUCACUUCGAGUGAUAGAUUUUUCUCUAACCAUUGGAUUUUCAACGAGAUUUUCUAUCUUCUGCAUGCUGCCGAAGAUGUAGAAUAUGUCAUUCACGUCGUUGAAGGUCACAGUUUCAUCUAAUGCUACUCCAACUGCCUCAUCACCAAAAUAUCGUAUAUUUAUUUCCUUUUCGAAAGCUCUUGCCCUGAUUUCUUCUAUUUCUAGUUUUGGAUAUAUUUUCAGGGUAUCAAAGAAGCAUUGAUUGGGUAUAACGUUGCCAUCUUGUUGCAAACCAUGGUGUAA